GAGCUGUCUUGGCGCCUACUGGAAGAUUGUGGUUCAAACCAGUUUCUGUUUCCUCCUGUUUGUGCCUUGUAAUAGUCCGAAAAUAACCUUGUUAACCUAUAAAACAAGUCUGGAUCGAAUACAGCGACAUUCAGGAAGAUCAUUUUAUCAAAACAGUGUUUGUUAUGAUGGACUGCAAAGCAGAUAUCUUCAUCUGACCCUCUGAAGUAUUCCUUGUUCUCGCACGUGUUGACAGCCAUCGACGUUCAUCAACUGGCAAUCUUUGUGAAGUAGCAACCAACAUUUAACUCAGAUUGUGUUCAUUAGCUUUCGAGAUGUUUGGAUCUUCGACGAAUACGCCCUUUGGCACUGGCAAUAGCUUUGGAACAGGAACAACUUUUGGAGGUCAGAACACCACAACACAGUUUGGCGCGAGCUCAGGUCUUGGCACAAGCCUGUUUGGCGGCAAGACUCAGACAGGUUUUGGCACUACGUUCAAUCAGCCCCAGAGCUCAGGGACUGGUAGUAUGUUUGGAAGCACAGCGACAAACACAGGAGGAAGUUUGUUUGGUGGAGGAGCUACAGGCAGUAUCUUUGGACAGCAACCAACAUCUCAAUCUUCAUUCGGUGCUUUUGGAUCAAGUGGAGGCAGUUUGUUUGGUAAUGCAGCAAAAAGUAGCACAGGAACAAGUGUGUUCCAAACGCCUGGUCAAACAUCAACAUUCGGCACUGGAACAUCAACAGGAUUUGGAACAGCAACUGGAGAUGAGGACUUACCAGCGACCCUUUCCUCACCCUUCCCUCCCUCCCCUCCCCCAUCACAAGAUACAUCACCCAUGAGGAGCUCUCCCACGCCUCGUGUAGUGCAGGAGCGUGGUAAAGUAGCUGAUGAGCCAGCCAAUACUAGUGACGGUGUGAGUCCAAUGGGAGUGAGAUUCUCUCACACUGUGGAACGAGAAGCGGCAGAUACCACUAUCUCUGAAUUGAAUGCCCGUCAAAUGCCCAUUGACGUUGAGGUCAAGUUAAGGAGACCUGUGGUUGAUGAAGAUGUGGUUGAUGAACAUGCCUCUUCUGAGACUUCAUCUAGAGAAUUGCGUGGUAUCAUUCUGAAAAGGUCUGAAUACUACACCAUACCGCCACUAGCAGAACUCAACCAGAAGAUUGACGGGUUACUAGGUGCUUCUGGAACUGCAGACAAGGGAACACCUGUCAAGUUUAGUGUUGUUCAAGGAAAUGAUUCCAUGGUAAAGAAUGGCAUCACCACCAAUAUCAGUGUCAGACAUCAGUGUAUCACUGUCAUGUCCAAUUAUGACAAGAAGAGCAUAGAGGAGCUAAGAAUAGAAGAUUAUGAAGCUGGACGUAAAACUGGAGCUGCUGCUUCAACUGGUUUUACUGGUUUGUCUACAAGCACAAGCACUGGAGGUCUGUUUGGAAAUACUUCUGGAACAGGAUUUGGUGCUUCAUCAUCACUGAUCGGUCAAAAACCAACCACUGGAUUUGGAACAACAGGGAGCUUGUUUGGCAGUAGUACAGCAACCCCUGGACUAUUUGGCCAGCAGCAAACAGCUGCAACAGCAUUUGGUCAGAAGCCAGGGGGCCUGUUUGGUACUCCAACAUCAAGUACAACUGGCACUGGAUUUUCAGGAUUUGGUACAACAAGUCUCUUUGGACAGAGCACCAGUGGUCAGACGACUGGUCUGUUUGGUGCAACAACUACAUCAGCUGGCUCUAGUUUGUUUGGAGCACAAAGUACAGGCUUUGGUCAAACCCAGACUGGUACAGGUGGACUGUUUGGGCAAACGGGUUUUGGAUUGGGUCAACAACAGCAGGCAACAGCUUUUGGAGCCAAGCCAUUUGGGACAGCUCUGGGCACUGGAACUACUGGCAGCUUGUUUGGUGUACAGAAUAAAACCCAGACAGGAUUUAACUUUGGCAGUGGUACCGCUGGCCUAGGCACAAGUGCAUUUAAUGCUGCUUCAAGCACACCUGGAGGCCUGUUUGGCGCUAAACCUACGGCAUUUGGUGGGACAGCCUUUGGUGCGAACACUGGCACAGGACUGUUUGGAACCACAGGGACCCUUGGUACAGGGACAGGCCUCAACACAGGGACACUAGGAACUGGUGCCUUUGGUGCUUUGGGCUCUCAGCAAACUACUGGGCUUGGAAUAAGUGCUCUUGGAGGCAACCAGACUACAGCACUGAAUGCUCUACAGCUACAACAACAGCAGCAGUUGCUGGAGCAGCAGCUAUUGAUUUUGUCCAACUCGCCAUUUGGUGACUCGCCACUCUUUCGCAAUUCAUUAGUUGAGAAGGCCAGGCCUGAGAGAGCCUCAGGUUCUACUUCCACUUCACUGAGUAGGACUUCCACCACUCCAUCACACUACAAGGUGUCUCCUCGUCCAGCUGCGAGAAUUAAACCAAGACCAAUCAAUAACCACACGAUGAACAAGUCCAAGCUGUUUGAAGGUCUGGAAGAAGAUUCAGGCCUAAGUCCAGACACCUUUGUACCCAGAAAGAACAUCAAAAAGCUUGUAUUAAAACCCAAAUCAGGGAGAGAGGUGCGUACAAGAUCACUGAUGUUACAAAGUGCUGACAUCAAAACUUUUUUAUUUUGGCUAAAAUUAAUGUGUUCUGUGAUAAUGUUUUUGUCCCCAAUUUUUUGUUACUCUAGGUCUGAAUACUACACCAUACCGCCACUAGCAGAACUCAACCAGAAGAUUGACGGUAACAGGGAUGUGUUUGUGGACGACUUUGUUGUUGGUCGGGAGGGCUAUGGCCAGGUCAAGUUUUAUGGGAGAACUAAUGUAGCAGGGCUAAACCUGGAUGAGAUUGUGUUCUUCAGGCGUCGUGAGAUAGAGGUUUAUCCUGACUCGUAUCCUAACAAACCUCCUGUUGGUGAGGAACUAAAUAAGAAAGCUGAAAUCACCUUGGAGAAAGUUUGGCCAAAUGACAAGACUUCUCACAGGCCAAUCACAAGUCCAGAAAGACUCAACCUUCUGGGAUGGCAAAAGAGAGUGGAAACUGCUACGGAAAAACUAGGAGCCUCCUUUAUUAAUUAUGACCUCGACAAUGGAAACUGGGUGUUCACAGUAGAUCAUUUUACCAGAUAUGGGAUGCACCAGUAUCUGGAUGAUGACGACAAUGCUGCAAAGAAACUGAAGAGACCACCAAUCAAACCGCAGUUACAGGAUGAUGGUGAUUCUGUGGAGAGAGAGAAAAUGGAAAUCUUCAGACAUCUGCAAGAAAAGAAACAGGAAUUUGAAGCGUAUGAGAAGGAAAAACAAAGAGCUGCGCUCUCCUUACGAGACCAGGACAGUGACAUGCCUGACAUAGACCAUGAAACGUUUCCUGAGGAGAUGCUUGAAGGCGCUAUGGGAGAAGAAGGAGAAGAUCUUGAGGAAGAAGACCUGGAUAAUUCACCCGCCAGUCACCAGCUGGCGACAGCCCUGGGAAUGAACGCCCAUCGAAUCCAAGUCAUGAAAGCGUCAUUCUUUGCCGACCAGUCUCAGCUGUCGUCAUACUUACCCAGGGAUGCCCCCACUGUCGACAAGGCUCUUUUCAGUGGAUCAUUUGGCAAAGCUGGCCAUUCAAAGAGUUCCAUGUACCCAGCAGUCAAGCCACUGGGGCCGCUACUGUCUCCUAAAGUAACGCGCUGUGUUGAUGAGUCAGGGCAGUUUUCUCAGUCACUGUUUGGAAGCCCUAAAAUAGGCGUGUAUCCUCUCCGGCACCCUCUGGUACAUGACAUCACUCCAGCUGCUCCCUCCUCGCCGAUGAUGCUUCCAAGUUCCAUUGGCUCUGCAAUGGACAUUGGUAUCAAAGUCGUAGGAGCUCGAAACCAGUUUGGCUUGGUCCCUAAGAAGGACUCCCUCGUCAGUGGUAAAGAAAACCUCAUUGCCGACGCAGGCCUGAUGAUGGGGCGUUCUUUUCGUGUGGGCUGGGGACCCGGGUUCGUCUUGGUCCAUAGCGGUACUCCUCUGGGGAAGCGAGAGACAAAGCCUGCACCUACCACCCAGCCCUCCCUGGCGGGGGAUUUCCUGACACCGAAGCUAAGGCCCAGUAGUAGUGAAGGGUCACCAUCAUUUGGAGUGACACUAGAGAAACUCAAUGUGGCUUCAAUCUCUAAUGAUGGCAUCAGUGAUGCCGUUUUGGCACAUCAUCAGUCCGUACUUGAAGCGGAAUUACAGCAUGCUGUGGUUUCUGUUGAUGAUGGCUGCCCGUUUUUUCAACCCUCCACUGAUGUGAAAGCGUUACAUCAUCAUGCAGAAGUUGCCAGGAGAAACAAGGAAGCUACAGACUCUGGACCACUGAGAGAGGCAGCAGAACAAGUUUGUUUGGUUUGGGAUCUGGUCGUAGCUCUUUGGGGAAAACUGAAAGAGAAUGGAGAUGAUGAAGAAGGUUUUGAUAGAUCUGUGGAAGAAAGAGAAUCUUACCAGUGUCGCGUAGCAAGGAGAGCUGCUCUGUCAAAUUGGUUGGCUGAAGCUGCGAAGGAAAGAAUUUCUCAAGAGGUGGAUGCAGCAAAUUUCCAGGAAAGUGAUCACGUGAAGUCCAUCUUCAGUUAUUUGACCGGCAAGCAGAUCAGCAAGGCAUGUCACGCGGCACAACAACACGGCGACUAUCGACUGUCUCUUCUGUUGUCACAAGUUACAGGUAACUCCGUGGCAAGAAAUCUUGUUUACAAACAGCUGGCUGACUGGCAAGAAUUGAAGGCGGACUUGUACAUUAAUGCAGAGAGAAUUAAAAUCUACGCUCUGCUCGCUGGCGCAAUGGUGUGGGAUAUAUCACGUGACACGGCCAAUAUACCACGUGGUGAACUUCAAAGCAUACCACGUCACGUGGUUAACGUCUGCGAGGGACUGGAUUGGAAAAGAGUUCUGGCCGUUCACCUGUGGUAUUACUGCUCGCCAACAUCUUCAAUAGCAGACGCUCUGAAAGCGUACGAUGCUGCUUUUAAGGGAUGCACGGCUAACGGUAGAUACGGUGCACCUCCUCAUCCGCCAUUUAUGGAAGAUGACGAUCACACGGAUGAAGAAAACAAGUUCGUGACGAAGGACACGUGUUAUCAUCUGCUGAAACUCUACUGCAAAAGAUCACACAGACUUGAGAGACUUCUCUCACCAUCCACUUCCACUGCACUACAGCUAGAUUUUAGACUGAGCUGGCAUUUGUACCAGGUCCUUCAAUCGCUCGAGUACACGCAUCUUUCCCAGGAACACGCGGGCAUGUUACACAGUGGGUUUGCCGCUCAGCUGGAGGGACUGGGUCUGUGGCAUUGGGCCGCUUUCGUCUUGCUACACAUCCGGGAACCAGUGCGGCGAGAACACGCGAUCCGGAGCCUUCUGUGUCGUCACUGCAGUUUGUCAGCGGAUCAUACUUAUGUGGAGAAAGAACGCUUCAUGUUAGACGAUUUGAAGAUUCCUGCUGAGUGGAUUCACGAAGCCAAGGCUUUGCGAGCGCGUUACGAAGGAAGAACUCGCGAAGAAGCUUUCCACCUCGUCAAGGCGCGUCACUGGAGCCUGGGGCAUAACGUUGUUCUGUGCAGUCUCGCCAGUGACGCAAUCAUUAACGCGGAAUAUGACGUUUUGAAAACGCUGCUGGGGGAACUGGAACCAAGGGAUCGUAACUCCACCGUGAGGGACUGGACAACAGGAGGACAGGUAUUUUUGGAUUAUCUUGCCCUUGUGCAGAAGUUCCAGGACAUCACAAAGGAAAACUUCGUGCCAACAAAGUACGACUGGGAAGACAUCCACGUGGAAGUUGCUUCUCUUUGUACGCGAAUCAACAAUUUGCCGUCCGACACACCCAAGAACAUGUUAUGUCAAUACGAUAUGGCGAAGAUGUGUGCCAAUUUUUUGAAGAUUGUCAUGAACGAAUUGGCGGACCUCACAGAUGAAAGUGAGUCCGUUUUGCCGACUCACGUGCUGGUCCCUCACGUGACCAAGUUACCCAUGCCUGAGGACUGCACCCUGGGGGAACUGCGUCAACUGAUCCCGAGUUACAUCACGGAAAUAACCGCUGGCUAUUGAAACUGCGGGCAGUGAGGAGAGCGGGCGGUACCAGGGUUGUGUUGCAAGACAGAUUUUAGAGCUGUGGGAGGACUUCAGCAAGGAACGUCGACUUAUUAUUUUUCGUUUCAGCACUCUUUAAUCUCUGUGAUUCGCCUGGCUGCAGAUCACUAAGUGAAGCUUACAACUCAAGAGACGCUAUGAUAAAGCAUGUUCCUGGUCUACAAUGCUCUGUGAUUGGUUAACCUAAGUUGUUUUGGAAUCGUCGCCGAACUUAGUAACGGGGGCGUUCUUUAAUCUGCCCGAAGCACGUUCUUGGUGUAGCUAAGAAAAACUGAUAUUACUUCCAAACUGGACGGUUCACUUGAAAGGUUGGCAAAAGUGAACUUAAAUUUCUCUAACUUUGCAGAGACUCAACGAGUUACAUUUUACAAACGUGAUCUGUUUUCAUAACAACAUUUCAAUAG